AUGAGUGCAGCAAAGACGGCUAUUCUACAAAAAUUAACUACUCACACUAGCGAUGUAACGUCACUGGAUUUUUACGGAAAUGCGCUGCUGGUGACAGGGUCAAGUGACAAAACGGUUCGUGUGUGGCGAUGGGUGGCAGGCAGCGGGUUCCGGGAGGAAUCGUUCUCACCAUUGCUUGGUCACCGGUAUGGGGUGACGGGUGUGCGCGUAUCGCCAAAGGGUGCAGUGCUAGCGUCCGCCUCCGUCGAUGGCACGGUAAUACUGUGGAAUCUGAGCAAUGGUGAGAUUUCCAAUGUGAUAAACCAAGAGGGUGGUGAAGCCAUUCGUGCGUGCAUUUUCAGUCCCAACGGAUCGACCAUAGUUAGCUCCGACGACAAUGGGUCCGUUUGUAUCUGGGGUCAGGAUAAAAGUUUGAAGUGCCAUGUUAAAGUCCACGAUGAAGCUGUGCAUACGAUCGCGUUUUCUAGUGAUUCGGACCUUCUGCUGACGGCAUGCACACUGGGCAAUGUGAGACUAUAUGCAGUAGAAAAUGACGCUGCUGGUGAUCUCUCAUCUGCUGACUGUUCGAUCGAUGCCGCACAUGAUAUGGGGGUACUAUCGGCAGACUUUUGCAAAAUAGUCCAUACUGAUCCUACCGACAAAUGUUCGUUGAUUUACACCGUCGCAACGUGCGGCACUGAUCAUUACAUCAAAAUCUGGAGAAUCUUCUUCAUGCCAAAUAACAUUGAACGCAGCCGUCGAUCGCGGCUUAUACCGACAAGCCCCCAGGAACAUUUUGCGGGCCAAUCGACUAUCUACAGCACUGAGGUCAUGAAUGCUAGCUGCGUACAAACGAUAUCAGCUCACGGGAGCUCAGUCACAUGCGUACGGUUUAAUCCAACCGGUACGCUGCUGUUCUCCUGCAGCCUCGACAAGACAAUAAAAAUCUGGAACCAACAGGGCACGUGCCUUAAGACGCUUUCCGAACAUUCGCGGUACGUAAACUGUUUGGCCAUCAACAGCGAUUCGUCGGUGAUUGCGUCCGGUUCGAACGAUCGGACGGUGGUGGUGUGGGAUUUAACCAGCAGGUUGAGCUUGAACUCGCACAUAACUGGUAUAAGAUCGUUGCUGUUCUCGCUCGCCGUGAAGACGGCUGACAUUCCGCUUGAGUUUACCUGUCCGAUCACGCAUGAGCUGAUGAAGGAUCCUGUGUACGCGGAAGAUGGCUUCACGUACGAGCGAUCCGCUAUAAAGGAAUGGUUUUCCAGAGAGAAAGCCAUUUCACCGAUGACCAAUCUGGAGCUGUCUACCGAUGAGUUGGUGGAAAACGGUAAACUUAAGCAGCAGAUUGAGGAUUACAUGCGGUCCCUGGACGCGGAUGUUGGAGAAGUGCACUGA